GACGAGCGGCCGAGCCGCCGCUGACCUGCGCAGCCGUGAUGGAGAAGGGCAGCGGCGCCGAACCGUGGUCUGUCUCACAGCUGUCGGACAUGGCGGCCGAAGAGGUCAAGGAGUGCCAGGCCCAGCUGGGCUCGGUCAUGGCCGACGAGGACAAGCUGAAGGUGGUGUGGGAUGAGCUCAAAGAGGCGUACAGCGGGGCCGACAAAGUACCGAUGAGCAUGAUCGGGUACGUGGGCUCCGUCAUCCCCAGCGCCGACAUCGCGAUGCUCGACCUCACCACCGAAGAUGCCGUUUUUGAGUUGGGAAUGCCUAUGAAGAUGACGGAAGCGCAGCUGGAUGCACUGGCGACCCGGGCGAAGGCCCAGUGGAGUGUGCUGUCUGGCAGCGCGGCCGACUACACGGCGGACACCGUGGGCACUCUGGGCCAGAUCAUCUGCGGCAUGGCCCCGGCCGACGUGGCGAGCAUUCCGGCGGCGCGCUUCAAGGAGGCCAUGACGGUGCUCUCCGAGGUCUACUGGUGCAAACAAGCCGUCGCCGAGAAGUUGGCCGAUAAAGCCGUCGCCAUCUACGGCGAACCAUCCACCUGGGGGAUGAGUGAGGUGGCUGGCGUGGGAGCGGUGAUUGGCGGGCUGGAGGCGAUGAAGCUGAAAAGCAUCAAGGACGAGUCGAUGCGAGGACUGAGCGCCGAUGGCAUGAUGAGCAUCCCGCCCAGCAAGAUCGCGGGGCUGACGAAGGCUCAGGUGCUUGAGCUGUCCACGGAGGCGGCGCUCGCGAUAAGUGACGAACAGAUGGAGAAGCUGCCGGAUGACGCGAAGGAGGCACUGCUCAUGGUUUUCGAGGAAAACUUGAAGUCCAGGAGCGCUCGCUCAGCGGCGGCUGGGCUCUCUCUGCUCCUGCUGGGCGUUUUCGCCGCCCGUCUGGCUUAAAGCCGGGCGGAGCGACCGGCGCGCAGCCAGCCGACGCCGGCACCCGCCGACAGAGCUUCGGUCGUCGACCGCCGCGGCCGGCGGCGCUAGCGUCGCGCCUGGAAGCCGGCGCAAGCACGCUGGCUUCCGGGCUGCUGCCGGAGGAGGCUGAGUGUGCGGGGCAGCCGCUGCAAGCAUGCUGCUAGCUUGAUUUUCGGGAUCUCUGAGCGCGCAAGAACAAUGAGGAGAACGUUUGAGCGUGCCGAUGGCCCGGAUAGGGUUUUGGGCUCUGCAAUCUGCAGCGGUCAGCGUAUCCGCUAGCACGUAGACCCAAGGCUUUCUGGCCGAUUGUUGUGAUAGGGCCGGAUAUGCCAAGGUUGUUGGGCAAAGCCAGCCGUUUUCUGUGUGCUGCUUCUGCUCCAGAUGUCCCUUACGUCACGGGAUCUGGUUCAGACUUCUGUACCAGUGUGUGGAGCUCUUAUUUUUCCCAUACCCGUGCUUCAUGUGCAACGUCUCUGGCGUGGAAACUAACCCUUGAAAAGACCGGCUUUUCGGCUUGAGUCUGACUUUUUGGCCGCCAGAUGCCACGGUUACAUCGGGCGGGGCCAUUGCGACGGCAGAGGCUCCGGGGGACGCCUGUGCUGUGCGCCCGCCUGUGUCGUUAACGGACGCGUUAGCUGCGUUUGCCGUGUCGCGAUUGU